GAAGGCACUACACCGGGAGCUGCCAUCUUACUGUAUCCCGUGAAGAUGACCGGGAAGUCGGUGCGGGACGUAGAGAGGUACCAGGCGGUGCUGUCCGAACUUCUUCUGCGGGAAGAGAAUAAAUUCUGUGCAGACUGCCAGGCUAAAGGUCCGCGAUGGGCAUCCUGGAAUAUUGGAGUGUUUGUCUGCAUCCGUUGUGCCGGGGUCCACAGGAACCUGGGAGUGCACAUUUCUCGUGUGAAGUCUGUCAACCUGGACCAGUGGACUCAAGAACAAAUACAGUGCAUGGAAGAGAUGGGAAAUGGGAAGGCAAAUAAAUUAUAUGAAGCAUUCCUUCCAGAAAACUUCAUAAGGCCGCAGACUGACCAAGCUGUUGAAGGUUUUAUUAGAGAGAAAUAUGAGAAAAAGAAAUACAUGGAUCGUAGUGUGGACAUAAAUGCAUACAGAAAAGAAAGAGAAGGCAAGUGGAAGAAGUCCGAUUCUGCCCCAGAAAUCAAAUCCCAGCAAGUGAUAUUUGAGAAGGUCAAGUUGCCACUCAAGAAGGAUGAUCCACAACCUCAGAAAACCUCUCCCUCCAAGCCAGCGGAGCCUGUGAUGGACCUGUUAGGCCUAGAUGCUCCUAUUGCCAAUUCCCUUUCAAAUGGGAAAUCCAGCACCAGCUUGGAGAAGGAACUGGACCUAUUUGGUUCAAUACCACCAAUGUCCAGCUCAAAAUCAAGCCAGACUAUCAGCUCCACGCCAGUGACUGCAGCAAGUUCCGGAUCAGUCCCAGAAAAUCUCAAUUUGUUUCCAGAAUCUGGAAGAAAAACAGAAGAGAGUGGGAAAAAGCAGCUUUCUAAAGACUCCAUCCUUUCUCUUUAUGGUUCCCAGGCACCUUCAAUUCCUGCUCAAGGAGCCCUAUUCAUGGCACCAGCGCAGAUGGCAUAUCCUACUGCUUACUCAGGUUACCCUGCAGUUCCUCCACAAGCUGGUGUUGUGGGUGGCAUGAUGGCAUCUCCAUUAGGCAUUAUGGCACAACCAACACACCCAAGCAUGGUUACACCCAUGGCCAUGCCUGCAGGGUAUGUAGGAGGUGUACAGGCAGCUGUUAUGGGCCUCCCUAAUGGAAUGAUGGCUCAGCCUGCAGGUUAUCUAACCAACAUGGGUCCAGUGGCACAACCAAUGUAUGGGGUGCAACCUGCACAGCAACUGCAGUGGAAUGUUACUCAGAUGUCUCAGCAAAUGGCAGGGAUGACCUUUUUUGGAAUGGGUGGUGUGACAGGGUAUGGACAGCCUACAUGCAACCAGGGAACCAAUCAAACCCUUAGCUCCCCAAUGUGGAAAUGAAUAACGGUGGACUCAUGCCAGACGUGGUCUGUCUUUUAUAACAGAAAUGCAUCUUCAUUCCAUUUGGUUCCAGCUGAAGUUCUUUGCUCAUAUACCUGCCAACCCACUAUUUUCUCAUCCACACAAUGCUAAUUCAGACAGGGAAAGAGCUUCCAGAUCUACUAACUGUUCAUCCUUCUCCUUUCCAAUAUGCUGCAGGAUAACAUUCUGAGUAUUACUGGAAAUUUGACCAGAAGUCUCAGGAGCUGAGCCAUGCUUUUCCACCCUUCCAGUUGAAGGACAAAACUCACCCAAAUCUCCCUUUUCUCUAAAAGUCUGUAGUGCAUAGAAAAUUCUCUUUGAGUGAGGUUUUAUUUUCAAAGUGCACAACAGCAUGUGCUGUAGCUAUCUGAAUUCAUCUGUGUGUGCUGUGUUAAAGAGACCUGUGUUCCGCACCAGCAUACCCGGUGUAAUUGUAGGGCUCUGCCUUCAUUUCUCAUCUGGUAUUUGGCAACAAUGUUCUCUUGCACUUAACUUAUUAAAGCUGGCAAUGGCCCGGUAGAAUUUUAGAGACUGCA